AAAACAUAUAAAAACAUAUAAAUAAAUAAUUACUAUAUAAAAUAGUUCAACAAGUUUUUGUACAUUUAUAAAUGCACCGUCAAUCAAAAUGUUUCUGCGUCGCGCUAUACAAGUUGCUACCGUAUUGAUUUAUUGGUUUGUCAUUGUGCCGGUUAUUGCCAAGUAUUUGGAGGACAUUAAGUGGAUGCGUCGCGGUAAAUGGACGCGUAAGAAAUUGGGAUUCUAUGGCAUUGCAGCAUUCACUUUCAUCUUUAUCUAUUUCCUCUGCAUGUACGCGUAUAUGUUGUGUAAACGUUGGGAGCGUAAAAUACUCAGUGACAUGAAACAGUCGGUGAGUAAAGCCGCGGAGUCGGAGGUACCAUCAGCAGCCACAUCAAUGGCUACCGUGGCCGAAUUGGAACCUUUGGAACGUUUACGUCCGUCACGUCCUGCCCUGUUACCCGCACCGGCCGCUAAUAAUGUCAAUGCACAUUUAUUGACGAAAGAACAACAGCUGCAAGAACAGGAUAUUAAUCAACAGCAGCAGCAACAGCAACAACAACAACAACAGAAGUCAACAGGUGCCCGUAGUAAAGUGAAGAUUUUGCGUUCAGCACCUAAAAUACCAACCGUACAUCGGCUAUUGCCAUCACCUACAACCACAACACUGCCGGUAAUUGUGACAACACCGUUAGCGCCACUGCCGGAGCAGCCCUAUAGCAAUGAGUUGGAGGCGAAGGCUAAGCGUUUAAGUCGCGCCGAAAGAUUAACAACAGAAUUAGCGGAGAUUUUGAGGCGUUAUUAUCGCAUGAGCACGGGUAACGGUAAUAGUAGUAAAGCGCCGACAACAAUGGUGGAGCGCGUCAAAUGGACAAAUAUCUAAACAUAUUAAAGUAGUUUCAUACCGCGAAAUAAGAUGGAGAAACUUUUAUAGUAAUUGUGUAAACAGAUUUAUGUACAUUUACAGCAUUCCACAUAUGUAUAUAUAAUAUUUCGUAAUGAAUUUAUAUUUUUUUAUAAAUAUAGAAAUGUUUGCGCAUAGUUAAUACUGUGACUACGUAAUUACUGUAAUUGGCAGAUAUUAAGUGUAAAUAAAUUUAAUAAAAUAUUUAUAUAUAUAUACAUAAACGAGUACAUAUAUCUCUUAUAUACAUAUACACAUUUGUCUGUGUGUUGAAAAGUAUGUUUGUGCAUGCUUAUAAUUAUUACGUCGAAUAACAAACGAUAAGUUAAUUCUUUUUUUUUUAAAUUGUUGAUAUGAAAAGUAAUGUUUAUGAAUACAUACAUACACUUGUAUAUACACAUUUUAAUAUAAUAUUGUUUUGCAGGGCAAUCCCUGCAUAAUGAUUGUACACAAACAACAAAAAUUUGCGGUUGAGUGGAAUUUAUCGCUCAUAAAUGUUGAAAAAAAUUUGAAUGAAUUUUGAAAAUCUGCCAUUUAUUUAUUUUUAUAUUAAUUUUUUUUUAAUAUUUUGUUUAUAAUAAUUUAAACGUUAAGUUUUUCAUGUUAUACUGUUAAUAAUUGUUAAUAAUUUAAACAUUUUUCAAUUGAAAAUUGAAUUUUUCAAGAAAAGUUAUUAAAAUCUUAAAAAAUAAAUAAUUGAAUCUAAGCUAAUAAAUAACCAAUUUUAUGGUUACAGGUGGUAGAUCUUCAUACUAUUACAUAUUCAUAUAUGAACAAGUAAAAAAAAGUACUA